UGAAUGUUAACAUUGAGUUAACAUUUGACCAGGCUAGAUGGGACGGCAAGAAAUCAUUGUAGUCCAAGGAAAAGGAGAACUAGGCAGCAAGAGUCUGGUCACUGAAUCUCAUCAUGCCCCAUCCACUGUUACACCUCCUGCUGAUCUGCCUCCUCAUCCAUGCCGCUGUUGGGAAAGGCCUAGAGAAGGGACCGCUGGAGGACAAGGUGCUACAAGUACCGGAGGGGACGCCGGUACCCUACGCCAUCUACCAGUUUCAGUCCUCCAAAGACGGUGUUGAUGGGUUUAGCGUGACCGGGGAGACAGAGGGAAAGAUCAGCAUCUCAGAUGACGGCUGGCUUUACCUGGACCAGGCCUUGGAUUGGGGACUCACUCGCACGCACACCAUUCAGGUGGAGGCUUUAGUUGGUUCAGAGCCAGUGGAGGGUCCUUUUACCAUCACCAUCAACGUGUUGGACAUUAACAACCACGCCCCCUAUUUCAACCAGACAGACUACGCUGGCGUCGUCAAGGAACACACCCCCGCAGGUGUUCCAUUCAUGCGUGUAUUUGCUACUGACCUGGAUGACCCUCAUUCGCUCAAUGCUCAGCUGAAAUACACCCUGGUCUCCCAGAUCCCCAACAGAGACAACGUACUGCUGUUCCAGAUGGACGGCAACACAGGGCAGAUCUCUACUACUACUGAUGGAGAGCGCCUGCUGAAGGCCAGAGACAGUGUUAUUUCUUCCAGAGGAGGGGACAUCAGUGAUUCCCUGAAGAGCAAGUUUGAUGAGUACUGCAAACCUGUCCAGGAAAUCCCCUAUGACCUCAACCCCUUCUACAGCUGUGUAUUAAGGGCAGAGUCUCGGAGGCAGAACCCUCUGGAUGAUCCAGACUUCACCCUGAUCGUGCGUGUGGAGGACAUGGGCGGGGCAUCAGAGAGCGCUCUGAUUGGUAACGCAAGGGUUAAAAUUGCAGUUCAGCAGAACCUGUGGGUUAACCCCGGUCCAAUCAUCGUCAAAGAACAGCUGAAGGGGCCGUACCCCAUGGAAAUCGCCAAGGUCCAGUCCAACGAUCCCAGCGCCCUCUACAGGCUGGUGCAGAAAGAGCGGGAGCUGAAAUUCCCCUUCAAUGUCACAGAGGAAGGCAACAUUCUGCUGAUGGAGGAGCUGGACAGGGAGGACAAGGCUAUGUACAUCGUGGUGGUGUUGGCUGAAGACACCUACGGAAAUGAGGUAGACCCUCCAAUGGAGGUGCAGGUGGUGGUGGAGGAUGUGAACGACAACGCCCCAGCCUGUGAUCAGGAACUCAGUGUGUUUGAGCUGCAGGAGAAUGAACCAGCAGAAAGUACCGUGGGGGAUCUGUUGGUGCAUGAUGCCGAUGACCCUAACACGCUCAACGCCAUGCUGGAAUACUCGCUGGUAUCCCAAACCCCCUCCUCCGUCUUUUCCAUUGAUAGCAUCACCGGUCGCAUCAAGGCCAAGCAAGUGCUCCGACGCAAAGACGCAGCCGAGUACCAACUCACUGUCAGAGUAAAUGACCCAGCUUUCAGCACAGAGUGUACGGUCCUCGUCAAGGUCAUCGACAUCAACAAUGAGCUCCCCAUCUUCCAGAAAAAUGACUAUGGUCAUCACAGCUUGCCUGAGGACACGGCUGUAGGCCACACCCUGCUCACAGUGAAGGCCACGGAUGCUGAUGAUCCCGGGACGGGAAGCUCCCGCAUCGAGUUCCACAUCACCACCGGCAACCAAGACGAGGUUUUCGCCAUGGAGACUGACGGCAAUGGGGAGGGCAGGCUGGUUGUUGCCAAGCCUCUGGACUAUGAGACGUCAUCCUCCUACAAUCUACAGAUUGAUGCUCGUAACCCGGAGCCCCUGAUAAAGGGUCUAGUAUACGGAAACACGUCCUCCUCACACGUGUCGGUGGCCAUUGUGAAUGUGGACGAGCCUCCAGCGUUUGACCAGGACAUCCUUGAAGUCGCCGUUCUUGAGAACACCACAGGGGGAGCGACGCUGCUUAAAGUGGACGCCAAGGACCCGGAGGGCAACGAGAUAAGGUUCAAGUUGGAGGGAGACACUAAUGGUUGGCUAGAGAUUGAUCCUGCAACAGGAGAGAUAAAGCUAAAGGCUAAAGCCGUUCUGGACAGAGAGAAGGUGGAGGCCUUCGACUUUAAUGUUGUCGCCUUUGAGAAAGCCAAUCCAGACCAGUCCUCAGAGCAUGUGGUGUCUGUGAGGCUGCUGGAUGUGAAUGACAACGUCCCCAAGCUGACAGAGAACCAGGGCUUCGUCUGUGUGAAAAACCCCAAGCCUCUAAUCCUGACAGCCCAGGACCCAGACGCCGCCCCUUUCGGAGCACCCUUCACUUUCAGCCUGCCCAAGAAGUCUCCCAACUGGGACCUAAUCACCCUGGACGGUACCUCCGCUAAACUGACCCUGAAGAGACCUCCCAGUGAAGAUAAGACAUUUCUCCUCUCCAUCGGCGUCAAAGACAACGCUGGCGUGGGUGUCCAAAAUAAGUUAGAAGUGCGCGUGUGUAACUGUACAGAUCUGGGACACUGUUUAAUCGAGCCGUCCACUCAUGAAGGCAAGUUAGGAGUACCCGGCACACUGGGCAUCCUGUGUGGAACUCUGGGAUUCAUCGCGUUGAUGCUAAUCAUCGUAUUCUAUCGUAUGAAAAAGGAGGACCAGAAGAAAGCCCUGCAUGUUGGAGACACUGACGCUAUCCUCUAGGAACACAUUAGAUAACAUGUAUCUAUCUAGAUUGUUAUUUUAUUGGUAUUUUUAAAAAUGAUAUUUACUUUUGAUUGGUGGUCAGCAUAUCUGCAUAAACAACAUGGUCUGGUAAUAAUCAUAUUCAACUAAAUAACUUAUUCCCUCUUAGUAUUGUACAACGUAGACUGCCUGCUAUGCUUCUUAUAGUUGUUUAGAUUGUUGCUUAGAAAUGUCGGACAAUUGCUCAAUGUUAGCCUUAUUUGUGAGGUUUCUUUAUCGUCUUAAUUAUGUUUUCGAUGUACUGAUAUAGGUGCAGACCAAAGGCUACAUUUGGAGGAUUCCACCACUUUCAAUAAUCCCUGUUUACCCCUGUGCAUUAACAUUAGGCACACCUACUGUGAAUUGUGUACAUUUGUUUGGAGAAUGUCUGAGUGUGUACAAAAGGGUGUUUCAUUGAGGGGUGUUUAUAUCUGAAAGUUUAUAUCUGAAUAAAGGAACUAUCUGGACCUAC